AUGAGCGGCAAGUCCAACGACAAGUUCAACAAGACGGUCGUGUUUGCCGAAGACAUGACGGACGUGAUGCUCGAGAAGGUCAUUGCGACGGCCAAAGACGCCUUCCAGCUCCAAGUCACGUCGGGCAAGACGUUCUCGACCGUCGCCGACAUGGUGCGGCGCAACAUGGAAAAGGAGUACGGACGCGGCUGGAACUGCGUCGUGGGCCUCUCCUUUGGCGCGUACGUCACGCACGAAAUCAAGACGUACGUCUACUUUAGCGUCGUCUCGGGCGUCUCGGUGCUCGUCUGGAAGGCGUAA